AUGCUCGUUCGUCUCAUUGUCGUCGCUUUGUUCGCCGUCCAAUUGGCAGCUGCCAUCUCGGCAGGCACCGCUAAAAAUGCCUUGAGAUUGCAUAACAAGUACCGUUCCAAGCAUUCGGCUCCUGCUCUCAAGUGGAACAAGGAUCUUGAAAAGUUCGCUCAAAGCUGGGCUAACCGAUGUGUCUUUGAACAUUCUGGUCAUCCCGGACAAGGCGAGAAUUUGGCUAUGGGAAUGAAGGACUUCGCUGGUGCUAUUGGUGCUUGGUACAAUGAAGUAAAGGACUACGACUACAACAACCCUGGUUUCAGCGGCGCUACUGGUCACUUUACUCAGGUCGUUUGGAAGUCUACUACUGAAGUUGGCUGUGGUGUCAAGUCCUGCCCCAACGGCAAGAUGUAUGUUUGCUCGUACAAGCCCCCAGGAAACGUCGUUACUCCCGACAACUCUUUCUUCAAGAAGAACGUGUUGCCCAACUAG